UUAUUCUCAAAAAUCAGUCAUUUUAGAAAAUGGUCGACUGGUUUCUUGUGGAUCAAACGAUUGCUCAACUUGGAUUCUAUCUUACACACAAUCUUCUAUGUAAGAAAAGAUUUGGGCGCCUACAAGCGCUUGAUCGUGUUGUUUGCAGCAAUGGGAAUUGCGUUUGCGAGUAUUGAGUUUGUGAUGUAUCCGGUCCUUCAUUCUUUUAAUGCUGGUUAUGUAUUCUACACAACCAAUCGUCCUCUGAAUGUUUCAAAUGAAACUCUGACUGUUCUGCUAGCAGUCUACACUGCCCUAUACUCUAUCACAAUUUCUCUUCUUGCCGUGCAAUUUGUCUAUCGAUACAUUGCAGUGUUUCAUUCAGAAGGUCUCAGAUUCUUCAAAGGUUGGUAUUUUCUACUU